ACAUUUUAGGUCAUAAUGCAUUAUGAUUUAUUCACUCUGUUAAAGCAGUUUUCUUACUUUCAGUUAUUUUACAGCAGUUUAAUAUUGUUUUGGGGAGGUAUUAGUGAUGUACAAAGAAAGAUUAAGAAUAGUUAUUAUUUUAUGAGAGGAGAUUUACUUCUAUCAAGUUCUUCUAUUGGACAACUAGUAGAUGUAGCAGCUGAUGAGAGUGGUGAUCAUGUGGCAUUUAUUUCUUCUCACCAAAAAAUUUCAAAGUCAUUUUCACAAUUCAGGCAUGAGGUCAAUAAGUUUGCAUCUGGACUUAUUUCUCUUGGUUUACAAAAAGGUGAUAAAAUUGCAAUAUGCAGUCCAAAUUGCUAUGAAUGGCCUGUUGCUCAGUUUGCCACUGCUAAAGCUGGACUAAUUUUGGUUAAUAUAAAUCCAGCAUAUCAGGCAAAAGAAAUGGAGUAUUGCUUAAAAAAGAUGGAAUGCAAAGCCCUCAUAACAUGGGACAUAUUAAAAACUCAGAAUUUUUAUAAACUGUUAUGUGAAAUUGCACCUGAACUGCCUAAAAGUGCAGCUGGUAGACUUAAAAGUCAUAAUAUUCCAAGUUUAGAAACAGUUAUCAUGAUUUCUGAGGAUUCAAAAGAUGGAAUCCUCUUGUUCAGUGAUGUUAUGAAUGCUGGAAAUUCUGAUAGUGAUAAAGCAUUAGCAAACCUGGAAAAACUGAUACAAUUUGAUGAUCCUAUUAAUAUUCAGUUUACAUCUGGUACAACUGGCUUUCCAAAGGGAGCAACUCUCACGCAUCAUAACCUUAUCAAUAAUGCUAUAGUUUCUGGUAGAAGACUUGGUUACAAUCUCCUUAAACCAAUCAUCUGUUGCCAGGUUCCUCUUUUUCAUUGCUUUGGAAGUGUACUUGGUACACUGUGUUCUGUUAUAUUCCAGAGUACCUGCAUUUUUCCUUAUGCAGGCUUCAACCCUGAAGCAUCUUUGAAAGCAAUUGAAAAAUACAAAUGUACAACAGUAUAUGGAACACCGACGAUGUUUGUUGAUUUGUUAAAUAAUCACAGGUUAAUUAAGUCCUCCAUUUCAUCCCUAAAACAAGCUGUAAUUGGGGGAGCUGCAGCACCUGAAGCAUUAGUAAAGGAAGUUCAUGAAGUGCUUAAAGUGCCGUAUGUUAAUAUAGCAUAUGGUUCAACAGAGAACAGUCCUGUUGUUGCUAUGAAUGGAAUAAAUGAUGAUUUCCAAAAUGCUGUUGAUGGUGUAUUGCAACCACUGGAAUUUGUUGAGCUUAAAAUUAUUCAUGAUAACGGAUGUCUAGUGCCAAUCAAAAGUGAAGGAGAAUUGUGUGUAAGAGGCCAUGGAUUAUUUAUGGGUUAUUGGGGUGAUAAAGAAAAAACAGAAAAAGAGGGAAUUCAUACUGGUAAGGAUAUUUGCAUCAUGAAUGAAUAUGGAUAUGUCAAGAUUGUUGGGAGAAAGAAAGACAUUGUGAUUCGAGGUGGUGAAAAUCUGUAUCCUCAAGAAAUUGAAAAUUUUUUACACACACAUCCAGCGGUUCUUGAAACUCAUAUUGUUGGGGUACCUGAUAGCAGAAUGGGAGAAGAGCUGUGUGCUUGGAUUUCUGUUAAAAAUGGCAUGAAUAUCACUGAAGAGGACAUUAAAAAUUUUUGCAAAGGAAAGAUAAGCCAUUUUAAAAUUCCUCGCUACAUAAUGUUUGUGAAGGAUUUUCCAAAAACAACAUCAGGAAAGAUUAAAAAGUUUGAAAUGAAGGAAAUUUCUGUACAAAAGCUGAAAUUGUCAUGAAAGAAUCUACUUUUUUGCAUUUGAAUUUGAAUUUUCUGAUGUCUAAUUUCCAUCAGUGUGCUACCUCUUUUUUUAUGCUGUAAUACUCAAAGAUUUUAUCCUGCAAUUUACUGAUAUUUAAAUAUUUAAUACCUCCUGAUUAUUUUAGCAUAUUUUAUAAUAAAUAUUUUAUAUCUAAGGCCUUAUAAAUUUAAUCUAUGGAGGUGCUGAAUUUAUAAUUUAUUUUAAUAUUUUGUAUGACAUAGUAUUGAUUAAUGAAAAGCUACGUUUGUUUGAUAUAUUUUAUGACAAUGUUGCAUAUUUUAGAAGGUAGAAGAAUUAAUAUAUUGUAAAUAGUGUGAAAUUAUUAUCUGUUAACUAUUCAUACAUAAAAUGCUAUUUGUAAUAACAAUCUGCUAUUUGUAAAAUUAUUGUAAAAGGUAUUGAAUAUGCAAAACAUGCCCUUAAAAUGUUGUACAUUAGUAAUGACAUCAUGUAAAAAACAAAUGAUAACUGUGAUUAAUCAAAUUACUCUAAAGUAAA